AGGUUACAGGGAUCGGGACCGAGAGUAUGAGCGGGAGGAUAAAAUUGAUAGGAUGUAUAAUUUACUGUCAGAGCAGGUGAAAGAGCGGGAGAAGAAGAAGUUGGGGGAUGCUAAGCUGGUUUCGCUGGAGGAGGAAAAGAAAAAGCUACAGAUGGAGGAAGAAAGGAGGUUUCAAGCUAACAAGGAUCGAGAGCUACAAGAGGCUAGGUUAGGAAAGAUCGUGAGAACGAGCGUGAAAGAAGUUUGCGAAUCAGCACUGGGGAGAAAGGUUGAGAUUCCAGAAGAUGACGACAACGAGGUAAUCAAGCUUAGAAAGGAGCUUGAGGAGAUACGGACCAAGAGUUUGGGGGAUUCAAAAGAAGCACGCGUGGAGGCACUUCGGAAGGAGAAGGAAGCCCUUCUGAAGAAGAAUCAAGAAAGCGAGGAGGAUCGUUUGCGCAAAGAUAUAGCGGAUCUGAGAAGGAAUCAGGAGGGUGGGGAGGAAGAUCGGCUGCGUAAGGAGAUAGCGGAGCUGAAGGGUGAAGCUGGGCAGGGCAAAGCCAAUGAAGGUGGACAGGAUGCUAUCAUCGCCUUACAACUACAAAUUAAGGAGUUAAGUGCUUUUCGGACGACUCUGGAGGAGAAGAACGUUGAACUCUGCACGCUGAAAUCAGAGAAUACGCAUCUCAAGAAGGAUGUCAACGACCUGCGAGAUGAGUUCCUCACCCUAAGGAACAAGAGAACCGUGGGCGCAGUGAUUGAGAGUAGUCCACCUGAAGAGCCAGCGAAAGGAAAGAAACGGGCGGUAGCAUCCACUACGGCGAUGUACACACCGAAGGAUCUAGAAGCGCUGCAGAAAGCGUACAAGGCUGCACUGCAAGGGAAGGAGAUGGCAAUGAAAGAAGCCGAUAUGCUCAAGGAGCGUAUGGCUAAGAUGGGGGCAUCCAGGAUCCGUCUAUCAGCUAGGAAGAGUGCGUUCAAGAAGAUGACGCCGCGCAAUCUUAAGACAAGUUUUCACGCAGUUGAGGUGGAAUCAGAUGACGAGAAAGGUAAGGAAGGGGAUGCAGGCCGAGCUCGGAGCACAGAGGAAGUGACCAAAGAUUUGGAGGUCGCCAAGAUGACGGGCUUCAGGGAUUGCCGAUUGAAGGAGCUCAGACAGGCAAAGAAGGCGGACAUGGAGGCAGCUUGUACAGAUGAGGGUAUUUCUUAUAUUAAGUUGGAUCAGGCUAAAGCCGACGUAGCAGAGAUCAGGGCUUCUCAAGACUUCACGGGAUGGUUGAAAGAGAAGGAUAAGCAGGAGGAGGAUGAUCAGCAGCAGCACUACGCCACGUCGACUGAAGAGGUUGGAGAAGACUGAGGGGACUCCCUGAGCGUGUCACGUCUUUGGGAGUUGGCCUUGUUUUGUCGGGAUUUGCAUGAUGAUCUACCUAGUAAUCAGAUUCAGGAUAUUUAUCGACUUGUGGUGAUCCUGCUAAUUCUUCGAGGGGGUGUACAAUGGUGUGGUAAGUUUCGUGAAUCGUUAUCGGCUCU